AUGGCUCCUCCAAAGAAAGGAAAGAAGAUGGACAUCGGAGACUUCUUAGCGGAUGAUUCGCUUGGAGGUACUUCGUGGGCCGAUGAGGAGGUCGACAUGACCUCCAUCGGAUUCUCCGCUGGGUCCUCUACCGCUGUGCCUGUCAAUACUGCUCCAUCUGGCUCCAGCGGCUUCGGCUCAGGAGGAUUCGAAAGAUCGGGUCAAUUCGAAGAAAGAAGAGAGAGAAAGGAGUACCCAAUGCCCGAUGCUCCUCCAUACCGUGCCAGAGUCGCCAACUUGCCAUGGGAAGUGGAUGAGGAUGCUGUCGCCAGAUUCUUCGAAAACCGCAUGCAAAUCACGGGCGCUGUGCAAGAAGUCAAGUUGCCACUCGAUCGUGAAAGUGGUAGACCAAGAGGUACUGCCUUUGUCACCUUUUCCGAGCGUUCUGUGUUGGAAGAGGCGCUUAACAUGACCAUGUCCGACUUCAACGGAAGAAAGGUGUUCGUCAACGUAGCUGCUCCUCAAAACACUGCCUUUGACGGUGACUGGAGAUCCAGCAGAAGCGGACCAUUGGAUGGCGGAAGAGAAGAGCCAGAAUUGGACUGGGGCGCUGCCAGAGGCCAGGCAUUGCCACCAAGAGAGAGAAGCAACAGAGGCUUCGAAAGAGCCGACAGAGGCGAAAGACCCCCAAGACCAGAGGAACCAGACUUGGACUGGGGUGCUGCUAGAUCCACCAGAGCACAAUUACCACCAAGAGAAAGACGCGAAAGACCAGAAGGUGAAGGAUUCGAGAGAACCGAAAGACCAAAGAGAGACGAGCCAGAGUUGGACUGGGGCUCUGCUAGAGGCCAGACCUUGCCUCCAAGAGAAAGAAGCAACAGAGGAGGAUUUGAAAGAGGCGAAAGACCUGAAAGAACCGAAAGACCAAAGAGAGAAGAGCCUGAAUUGGACUGGGGUUCUGCAAGAGGACAGACCUUGCCUCCAAGAGAAAGAAGCAACAGAGGAGGAUUCGAAAGAGCCGAGAGACCAAAGAAGGACGAACCAGUCUUGGACUGGUCCAGAGGCCAAGCCUUGCCUCCUCGUGCCAAGCGUGUCGCCUCCACCACCAAGCCAGUGGAAAAGAAGGAUGAACAACCAAAGCCUCAGAAGUCUGCAUUCAGUGUGUUGGCCUUAGAAGGCGAGUCUGACGACGAAGCUGCCGAACAAGAACAAAAGCCAAAGGAAGAAACCAAGUUGGAGACUGCUGCUGCCAACUUGUCCAUCCAAGACGACGCCCCCAAGGAAGACCAAGGCUGGGAAGUUGUUGGUAAAUAA